AUGCAUGUCUAUUUGAUUGAGCAUUCAUCUAGUUUUCUCUCUUUCUUUCUUUAUAUGAGUUUAUACUUCACUCUGUAUCUGUUGGUUUGUUUUUCUCAAUCCAUUUAUAGCUGUCUGUCUGUCUCUCUUGUGUGUGUGUGUCUGUCUGUCUCUCUUGUGUGUGUGUGUCUGUCUGUCUCCCUCUCUCUUGUGUGUGUGUGUCUGUCUGUCUCCCUCUCUCUUGUGUGUGUCUAUCUGUCUGUCUCCCUCUAUCUUGUGUGUGUGUCUGUCUCUCUCUCUCUCUCUCGUGUGUGUCUGUCUGUCUUGUGUGUGUCUGUUUGUCUGUCUGUCUCCCUCUCUCUCUUUCUUGGUCCAUUUGUACCUCAGUUUUUUCUUUUUCAGUCUAUUUGUAAAUGUCUGUCUGUCUUUCUUGGUUUGUUUGUGUCUGUCUCUAUGUGUCUCUCUCUCUCAAUUUGUGUGUGUGUGUCUCUCUCUCAGUUUGUAUGUCUCUCUCUCUCUCUGUCUCUCUAUUUGUGUGUGUGUAUCUCUCCCAGUUUGUGUCUCUCUCUCUCACUUCUUUGUGUGUGUGUGUCUCUCUCUCUCUCUCUCUCAGUCUCUAUCAAUCCGUUUAUGUGUGUCUCUCUCUCUCAGUCCCUUUAUGCCUGUCUUUCUUUCUGUUUGUGUAUCUGUCUGUCUCUUGAUCCCCGCUUGUCAUUUUGUCUCUUGAUCCAUCCUUGUCAUUCUUUCUGUCUGUUUCAUGAUCCACCCCCUUUUCUUCCAGUCAGUCUUUCUGUCUGCGCUUGUCUCUCUGUCUCUUGGUCUGCUCUUGUCCCACCCUUUCUCCCUUGGUCCUCCCACCCUUUCUCCCUUGGUCCUCCCACCCUUCUCUCUAUCCAUCCUGUCUCUUUUUGUCUGUCUCUUGCUUGGUCUGUUUGUGUCUCUUUCUACCUCUAUUGGUCCAUUCUCAUCUACCUAGUUUAUUAUAUCAGUUUGGGCAGAUCUUUCUCUUUUCCCUUUUUCUCUAUUUAG